CAGGGGGAGAGCCUAAGCCAUUUCUCUGUGGACAGCUGUGUUUCAAAGUCUGGACAAGUCGUUGUUGUCUGCCUAGACUGCCAGGAUUUUGUGGAAGUAUAAUACUUGGUCAUUAUGCGAUGUCGUCUCUCGGUGCCUCCUUUGUGCAAAUUAAAUUUGAUGACUUGCAGUUUUUUGAAAACUGCGGUGGAGGAAGUUUUGGAAGUGUUUACCGAGCCAAAUGGAUAUCACAGGACAAGGAAGUGGCUGUAAAGAAGCUACUAAAAAUAGAGAAAGAGGCAGAAAUACUCAGUAUCCUGAGUCACAGAAACAUCAUCCAGUUUUAUGGAGUAAUUCUUGAACCUCCCAACUAUGGUAUCGUCACAGAAUAUGCUUCUCUGGGCUCCCUCUACGAUUAUAUUAACAGUAACAGAAGUGAAGAGAUGGACAUGGAUCACAUUAUGACCUGGGCCACUGAUGUAGCCAAAGGAAUGCACUACUUACAUAUGGAGGCUCCUGUCAAGGUGAUUCACAGAGAUCUCAAGUCAAGAAAUGUUGUUAUAGCUGCUGACGGGGUGUUGAAGAUAUGUGAUUUUGGUGCCUCUCGGUUUCACAACCACACAACACAUAUGUCCUUGGUUGGAACUUUCCCGUGGAUGGCUCCAGAAGUCAUCCAGAGUCUCCCUGUGUCUGAAACUUGUGAUACAUAUUCCUAUGGCGUGGUUCUCUGGGAGAUGCUAACAAGGGAGGUCCCCUUUAAAGGUUUGGAAGGAUUACAAGUAGCUUGGCUUGUAGUGGAAAAAAACGAGAGAUUAACCAUUCCAAGCAGCUGCCCCAGAAGUUUUGCUGAACUCUUACAUCAGUGCUGGGAAGCUGAUGCCAAGAAACGACCAUCUUUCAAGCAAAUCAUUUCAAUUCUGGAGUCCAUGUCAAAUGACACUAACCUUCCUGACCAGUGUAACUCAUUCCUGCACAACAAGGCAGAGUGGAGGUGUGAAAUUGAAGCGACACUUGAGAGGCUGAAGAAACUAGAACGUGAUCUCAGCUUUAAAGAGCAGGAGCUCAAAGAACGAGAAAGACGCCUGAAGAUGUGGGAGCAGAAGCUGACAGAGCAGUCCAACACCCCGCUGCUGCCUUCCUUUGAGAUCGGCGCAUGGACCGAGGAGGACGUGUAUUUUUGGGUUCAGCAGCUCGUCAGAAAAGGUGACUCUUCAGCAGAGAUGAGCAUCUAUGCGAGCUUGUUUAAGGAAAACAACAUUACAGGAAAGCGACUGCUGCUUCUGGAGGAAGAAGACUUGAAAGACAUGGGUAUUGUCUCCAAGGGACACAUCAUCCAUUUAAAGUCAGCCAUUGAGAAAUUAACCUACGAUUACCUAAACUUGUUUCACUUCCCACCACUAAUUAAGGAUUCAGGAGGUGAACCUGAGGAAAAUGAGGAAAAAACAGUGAAUCUUGAACUUGUUUUUGGCUUUCACUUGAAACCAGGAACUGGCCCACAGGAUUGUAAGUGGAAAAUGUAUAUGGAGAUGGAUGGGGAUGAAAUUGCAAUAACCUACAUCAAAGAUGUGACAUUCAACACUAACCUACCUGAUGCAGAGAUUUUAAAGAUGACAAAGCCCCCAUUUGUAAUGGAGAAGUGGAUUGUGGGAAUAGUGGAAAAUCAGACUGUAGAAUGCACUGUCACAUAUGAGAGCGAUGUUAGAACUCCAAAAAACACGAAACAUGUCCACCUAAUUCAGUGGAGUAGACUGAAACCUGAGGAUGAAGUGAAAGCAGUCCAACUUGCCAUUCAGACGUUAAAUCUCAACUCAGAGGGCAACCCUCGGAGCAGAUCUGACUCUAGUGCCGACUGCCAGUGGUUAGAUACUCUGAGGCUGCGGCAGAUCGCUUCCAACACUUCUUUGCAGCGUUCCCAGAGCAACCCCAUUCUGGGAUCGCAAUUCUUCCCAUACUUCAAUGACCAGGAUUCCUACGCCGCUGCUGUGAGGCGGACCCAGCUGCCCAUCAAGUAUCAACAGAUCACACCUAUAAACCAGUCCAGAAGCUCCUCCCCUACUCAGUACGGACUGACCAAAAACUUCUCUUCUCUACAUCUCAACUCUAGGGACAGUGGCUUUUCCAGUCUUAAUACUGACAACUCUUCCGAGAGGGGUCGAUACGCAGGUAGAAGCAGGACCAAAUACGAUCGGGGUAGUGUGUCACUCAAUUCCUCCCCUAGAGGACGGUUUAGUGGGAAAAGUCAGCAUUCCACGCCCUCAAGAGAAAGAUAUUCUGGAAAAUUCUAUGGUGUUUCUCCGUCUGCAUUCAAUACUCGGCAGUCACCUGACUUGAAGAGAAGUCCGAAUGAUCGCCGUCCAUCCAGGAUCAUCCCAGGGAUGCCUUUGUACAAUGAAACUGACACAAAAGCCACUGAAGAAGAGAGCAAAGUUAGCGAAGGGGGAUGGACGAAAGUAGUUUACCACAAGAAAGCCCACCGGCCCACUCCUGCCAAAACUAACAAGGAACGAGCCAGAGGAAACUACCGCGGGAGGAGAAACUUUUGAAGAACCAAACUAGAUGAGUUUUUCUAAACA